GUGACCCCGGAGCACCACCCAUCAUUGGGUGCGACCAGACUGCGCGAGCCCUCAGACCCACAGCGCUCCGAGACACGGACAGAGAUGGAGGAUCAGAACAGCACCGCGCAGACUCCAGAGCAGAGCUCCGGCAGUGACCUGCACGACUCCGCGCUCUCAGUGGUGGAAGAGUUGGUGUACUGGCGUGAUGUGAGGAGGUCAGCGCUGGUGUUCGGCGGUUCUCUGCUGGUGUUGAUCUCUCUGGCCACCUUCAGCCUCAUCAGCGUCCUGUCGUACCUCCUGCUGGCCAUGUUGUGCGUCACCAUCACCUUCAGAGUCUAUAAAUCCGUCAUCCAGGCUGUGCAGAAGUCAGACGAGGGACAUCCCUUCAAGGUUCUUCUGGAGAGGAACAUCAGCAUCACUCCAGACAUGGCCCACGGGUACAUGGACAUCAUCCUGCUGAACCUGAACCAAGCUCUGAUCCAGACCAGGCGCCUGCUGCUGGUGGAGGACGUGGUGGAUUCGCUGAAGCUUGCAGGUCUGAUGUGGGUCCUGACGUAUGUGGGUGCCGUCUUUAACGGGGUUACUCUUCUAAUACUGGCUGACAUUGUUUUCUUCUGCACUCCUCUGGUGUACGAGAAGAACAAGACCCAGAUUGACCGCUACGUGGAGCUCGUGAGGACUCAGCUGGAGGAGAAACUGGAAAAACUGCAAGAGAAGCUCCCUGGAGCAGUGCAGCGGAGCAAAACGGACUGAACUUUCUUUCUUUCUCUUUUGUGUUUUUGCCGUCUAUCCUGAGGCCUAAUUUGUGUUGAUUUAUGUGGAGGAUGACCAAUAUUUCAUUUUCUUUAUCUUUUAUGUCCCUUAUUUUUUUCCUUUUGCUACUGACUCUUUAAAGCUCUGUCCAUUUUUUUAUAUUUAGAUGUUCAGACUCCAUCCAGAUGGUGGCAGUAUUGGCACUGUUACUGUAGGCGCAGAGUCAGAUGACCAGCCUUUCUGAGAUAUGCUGAAGUGUGGCUGCCACUACACUAAUUGCUGUAAUUCUUUAAGGCUUUUGUUUCUGUUUCUAGAAAAUGAGUUUUGUGAUUUGCUAAUUCAACUGAAUGCCAAAUAAAUGUAAUACAAACAUCUUU